GUCGAUGAUAAUCAGUUUUCUCGAUUAUCUUCUGAGAAACAAUCACUGCAGUGUCAAGGCAGAAACGUAGACUCUCUCAUUAUUUUUCUUGCCCUUUUUAUCUGUUUUCUCCCCCUGCUGUCAAAAACACCUCCUUUCAAUUUCUCUAGCUUUAUUCCAUUUGUCUCUUUCAAAUGAGCCUGCAAAAUCCACCCACCAUUGCACAUGCUCCUCUUGUUCCCUUUCUCUCUGCCUUUCUGAUCUUUCUUCCAACAAGUGUCCCUUUCUAAUUCUAAAUUUCUCAUUUUCUCAUCUUGUUUUAGCCUUUAUUACCUUCAAUCCUUACGGGGUUUCUCACUUUUGUGCUGAUUCCCAUUCCAAUUUCUAGGGUUUUCUGCUUUUCUCUUUUUGGCUUAUUCUUCAACUUGUUUGCCACUGAUAACCUUCUUUUGUGUUUCUGUUGUUAGGGUUAGUUUAAUUUCACAUAGUAUCGCUUGUUUCUACAGCUGGGUACUCUUAGAUCUCAAAUUUCCUUUUUUUGGUAGUAACAUUUUCGCUGUAUUCACUACUGUUCGGCUUCGUAUUGUUCUUAAUUGUCACUCAAUGUCACAAGGUUAUGCAAUUGAGCUCUAUUUCGAUCCAGCCCUUGAAAACCAGGUCUUGAAGGCCUGGAACGUGCUAGCUCGACGCCAAAUCAGUACCCAACUCAUCGAAAUCGAGUCUCGCCCUCACAUAACCCUUUAUUCUAGCUCGUAUGUUGAGCCCACAAAGCUUGAGUCAAUCGUCAAGGCCUUUGCCUCAAAGCAGGAACCAUUACCCUUAUCGCUCUCUGCUAUUGGGGGUCUUCCAAUUGACAACAAUGUCCUCUUUUUAGCUCCUACGCCUUCACUUUCACUUCUUCAGUUUCAUUCUCAGUUGUAUGAUGCAUUGAAGAAGGAGGGGAUUGAGAUUAGUGAAGAAUAUCGCCCUGACUCCUGGAUUCCUUAUUGUGCAGUGGCUCAAGAUGUGCCAAAGGCUAGGACGGGAGAGGCAUUUUGUGUUUUGAGAGACUUGAAGUUGCCGGUUACUGGGUAUGCAAUGGAUAUUGGGUUGGUGGAGUUCUCACCAGUUCGUGAAUUAUUCUCAUUUGUCCUUGGCAAUUCAGUAGAAGGAUGAGGUUCUUUUUUGUGGUCUUGUUAUAAUAUGCUACUUAGGAAAUUUCAGAUUUAUAAUAUGAAUGUGUUACAUUUUACAUGUUUCUGUUUUAUGUAGGGUUAUAUGAAUGGUGCUAGUUUAGAGAAUGGUAGAGAAUUUGUAUUGUGUUUAUGGGCAUAAGUUGAAAAUGAAUUUCUAUUUGUUCA